GAAUGGAGCUGAGCAUAGUGUGGGCUGCGAGGCGGGACUCUCUAGUACAAAGGAUGGGUCCCGGGGACUUUGUGUUGGUGUAACGGGGACGCGCACGGAAUAAGGGGGACACCCAGCUUUUGGGGUGCUGUGUACCGGGGUCCCGAACAUGGGGAACGCGGAGAGCGCGGGGGGAACCCCGGGAACCCCCCUGUUACCUCUGAAAGUUCCGAUGCCGGACCCGGGGGAGCUGGAGGAGAGGUUCGCUAUGGUCUUGAGUUCCAUGAACCUUCCCCCCGACAAGGCGCGGCUCCUGCGACAGUAUGACAAUGAAAAAAAGUGGGAUCUCAUCUGUGACCAGGAACGGUUUCAAGUGAAAAAUCCCCCGCACACGUAUAUCCAGAAGCUACAAUCCUUCUUGGACCCAGGAGUGACCCGUAAGAAAUUCAGAAGACGGGUCCAAGAGUCUACAAAAGUGCUGCGAGAACUGGAAAUAUCUCUAAGGACAAAUCACAUAGGAUGGGUUCGAGAAUUUUUGAACAAUGACAACAAGGGCCUGGAUGUGCUGGUGGAGUAUCUCUCAUUUGCCCAGUGUGCGGUUAUGUUUGAUUUUGAUGGCCUGGAAAACGGGGAGGAUGGCUUGGUUGAAAAGUCAAAAUCGUGGAGCAGAUCCAUCGAGGAUCUGCAGAAUCCCAACGCCCUCCCUGCCCCUUUCACCAACGGCCUCGCUCGCUCUGCCCGCCAGUCUGUGCUCCGCAGCUACAAUACAUUGCCUGGAAAGAAAGCUUUGAAAAACUCCAGGCUGGUCAGUCAGAAGGACGACGUCCACGUGUGCAUCAUGUGCCUCCGCGCCAUUAUGAACUAUCAGUAUGGCUUCAAUCUGGUCAUGUCUCAUCCUCAUGCGGUCAAUGAAAUCGCUCUGAGCUUGAACAACAAGAAUCCCAGGACUAAAGCACUGGUCUUAGAACUACUGGCGGCGGUGUGUCUUGUCCGAGGAGGUCAUGAAAUCAUCCUCUCUGCUUUUGACAACUUUAAAGAGGUCUGUAAGGAGAAGCAUCGUUUUGAGAAGCUCAUGGAAUAUUUCAGGAAUGAAGACAGCAACAUUGAUUUCAUGGUCGCUUGUAUGCAAUUCAUUAACAUUGUUGUCCAUUCUGUGGAAGACAUGAAUUUUCGUGUGCAUCUUCAAUAUGAGUUCACCAAGUUGGGCCUUGAAGAAUUUUUGGAGAAAUCUAAGCACACAGAGAGUGAGAAGCUUUUGGUUCAGAUUCAGGCCUACCUGGACAAUGUAUUUGAUGUUGGGGGUCUACUGGAAGAUGCCGAAACCAAGAAUGUUGCACUUGAGAAGGUGGAAGAGUUGGAGGAACAUUUGUCUCAUAUGACUGAAAAGCUGCUGGAUUUGGAGAAUGAGAACAUGAUGCGGGUGGCCGAACUUGAGAAAACGCUGUUACAACGGGAAAAGGACCUGGAGCUCAUGAGGGAAACGUAUGAGAAAACAAGCCACCAGGUGAACACACUAAGGAAAAUCAUAAAAGAAAAGGAGGAAGCAGUUCAACAUCUUCGCCAGCUGGAGCAGGCCAACGCUUUGCAGCAGCAGAAGCAGGGCUCUCCUGGCACUGUGCUGGCACCUAUUGGGGUUUCUGGUGGAGACUUGUCCAUGUUUGCAGAUUUCCCUCCACCUCCCCCACCACCACCUGCUCCUGCACCGGCUCCAGCAGCACCGCCUCCACCUCCGCCUCCUCCUCCACCUCCUCCCCCACCCCCUCCGCUUAUGCAAAACAAAUGUCCUCCCCCACCGCCACUUCCAUCCUCUUGUCCUGUCAUUAUCACAACUGGAUUAUCCGCGAUCAGAAUCAAGAAGCCAAUAAAAACGAAAUUUCGCCUGCCUGUGUUCAAUUGGACGGCACUCAAGCCCAACCAGAUUAGUGGGACGGUGUUCAGCGAUCUUGAUGAUGAGCGCAUUUUACAGGAUCUGGAUAUGGAUAAAUUUGAAGAGAUCUUCAAAACCAAAGCACAGGGGGCUCCCAUAGACCUGACCUGCUCCAAGAACAAGUCUUCUCAAAAAUCUGUUAGCAAAGUGACUCUUCUAGAAGCAAACCGAGCCAAGAACUUGGCCAUCACUCUGCGAAAAGCCGGAAGGACAUCGGAAGAGAUCUGUAAAGCCAUCCAAACGUUCGACUUGCGGACAAUGCCUGUGGAUUUUGUGGAGUGUCUGGUGCGCUUUCUUCCCACAGAAGCAGAAGUUAAGUUACUCAGACAGUAUGAGAGGGAGCGGAAGCCUCUGGAGGAUCUUUCUGAUGAAGAUCGAUUUAUGAUGCUCUUCAGCAAAGUGGAACGUCUCUCCCAGAGAAUGUCCAUCAUGACUUUCAUGGGCAACUUCAAUGAGAACCUGCAGCUGCUGACACCGCAACUUAAUGCAGUGAUUGCAGCGUCUGCUUCAGUGAAAUCUUCUCCAAAGUUGAAGCAAAUGCUGGAGAUUAUCCUCGCUCUAGGCAAUUACAUGAACAGCAGCAAAAGAGGAUCCGUUUACGGGUUCAAACUGCAGAGCUUGGACUUGCUGCAAGACACAAAGUCAACGGACAGGAAGAUGACCCUGUUAAACUACAUUGCAUUGAUCUGCAAGGAGAAGUAUUUAGAAGUGGCCACUUUCUACAAUGAGCUUCACUUUGUGGAGAAGGCAGCAGCAGUGUCUCUAGAAAAUGUGCUACUAGAUGUCCGAGAGUUGGGGAAGGGAAUGGACCUGAUCCGCAAGGAGAGCAGCCACCAUGAUCACAGCGUACUGAAGAGUUUUGUCAGCACAAAUGAAGGGAAACUGGACAAGCUUCAGAAGGAUGCUCGGACUGCGGAGGAAGCAUACGCAGCUGUGGUGCAUUAUUUUGGAGAAAGUCCAAAGACAACACCACCCUCUGUUUUCUUUCCAGUGUUCGCCAGAUUCAUCAAAUCAUAUAAGGAUGCCGAGCAAGGGAAUGAGAUGCGGAAGAAGCAGGAGGAGGUUCUGAGAGAGAAGUUACUAGCUCAGGAGGCAAAGAAGAUGGAUCCUAAGGCUCCAGUGCCAAAAAAUAAGCGUCAGCAACAAGAUUUGAUAGCUGAGCUGCGGAGGCGGCAGGCCAAGGACCAUCGCCCUGUGUAUGAAGGAAAGGAUGGAACCAUCGAGGACAUAAUCACAGUCCUGAAGAGUGUCCCCUUCACAGCCAGAACGGCCAAGAGAGGCUCUCGGUUCUUCUGUGAUACAUCCCUUUUUGAGGAUUCAAACUGUUAAGCCCAGUGCCCUUUAAAAAACCUCCGCAAUCAGCCUUACAGAAGAGCAGACGCGGUCCUCCGGAACGCCUGGCGACGGAUCUAGCACUUCCAGUUCAGAAGUCGGGCUGGGCUGUGUAUUGCCCCACGAUGCGUCAGAGUGAUAGAACUCACCAGUUUACGCUGCACUCCUCCCGCCAUUCCACAUUGUAAGGGAAAUGAAGAAGCUGGGACACUUUAGAGAGGAGAAAAGUGCCUUAUUGCUACAGUAUUAUAGAACUAUUUUUUCUUUUACUAUUUAUAUAUUUUUUUUAAUGUUUUAUUGUUAAAAAUGUAAAUAGUUUGUAAUAUUCUUUGCUGAAUCUGUCCUGGCUGCUGUGGGCAAUAAUUGUUGCAAAAAAAAAAAGUGCCUUGUAAGUGUUAAGCCUGCAGGUGGAUAGUCUGAACACUAAAGUGAUGCAGCGACUGAAGCGUUAGCGUGUAGUGGAGGGGUUGGCAAUGUUUUAUAAGGGUCUGGUUGUGACGUGGUCAUUGGAACUAGAUUCAUAUCACCCAAGAAAUUGGUAAUGGUGACUGGGGAAGGUAACAAGUAGAGAAUUUGCCAUGAUUGCUUCAGAAUGUUGGGAGGUGAUCUAUCAAGUGUGGCAAGUAGGCAGAUGUAGAAAUUCACAUAAAGAUCUAAGGGGAAUGGCGAUAAUGGAAGUAGGCGGUGGUGAGGACACCUGUCAGAUGCACGGAGAUGCCAUUCCUUACCGUAGAAUCAGAAUAUGCAUGGCAUAAGGUAUAUCCAAGCCUGUGAAUGUUUAUAUUAGAACGCCGCUCACACUAGCUUUCUUGUAUCAGGAUAUCAUAGAUGUCUACUUUACUAUGAUUACGUAGCAUUUGUUUUUAUAACCCUCAAAGGGUCACUGACAUAGAGACUUAUGAAAGGCUUUGAUUAAUGGGGUUCCGAGUGCUGAGACCCCCACCGAUCACUUGAACGAGGAGUGAGAGGUGCUCGCAUAUCAUGCUCUCUCUCCUCAGUGCAGGAGAGGAAGCAAGAUGGAUUCAAUAGAAAGCCUAUGGGCCCGCAGUGAGGAGAGAGAGAGCACUAUGAGAGCACUUCUCUCUCCUCUUUCAAGUGAUCGAUGGGGCUCUCAGUACUCAGACUCCCACCCAUCAAAACUUUUCAUUGCUCUAUGACAUAUCAAAAGAUUUAUGAAAACAGGAAAUACCAUUGCCCCCCAUAUAGAUGUUACUGUAACUGUAUGUGUCCUGCCUGACUUUUUUCAGGUCUUCAUGCUUCAGCGCGAUCCUGCCAGUGUUAUGGUGUCUCAUGGCUGCUGACACUGGCAGUGUAGCCCACCAUUACCGUCACUUGGGGAGACAAUGCAUGGCACCCUGUUUCUAUACUUUUGGGAAUAAUAAAAGCAAUGCUAAGAAGGUUUAGUAAAUUGGACAUCUAUCUUUUAGAAUCCACGAUGCAUAGACCUCAGACCUAUACACAGUGAUAUUUCCAGUCUGCACACAUUUUAAUAAUUAUAUAUCAAAAUCUAUAUAUAUGUAUUUUAGCUUUAGCUGAGUAUCUAGCAAUGCUGCCCCAUUCCUACCCAUACAUACUUCACAAUGAAGUUUUUCUUUAUAUUUCGGUAGGUUUGGGAUUUGGAUGUUAUGAUUUGAUGUGCUACCCUAUGUCUGUGUCUAGGGGGCAGUAGCGUUACCCUGUUUUUUAAUUUUGGUAAAGUUAAUUUAUUUCUAAAUUGUCCAAAUCUGGAGCUUUAUAUGUACAGUCUUAGAACAGAAUGUGAUCUGUAAUUGCCUGGAGCUUUUCUCGGACAUCAGGCAGUCAGUGACACUAAUUGCCAAAGUCUUCUUUCAGUUUGCUCAGUUCCUAAAAAGAAUUGUAUUUUUUAAUAUAGCGCUAAGCGAGAGGUAUUUUAA